UGUGCGUGUGUGUAUGUGUGUGUGUGUGUGUGUGUGUGUGUGUAUGUGUGCGCGCGCGUUGUAUCUAAGUCCUGUGUGCAAUAAUGUUUUUCUGUCUGCUGAGGCUUACUUCUCCAGCCUAUUGUUUGAGACAACAGAUAUAAGUUGCGAUGGGAGAGGAGCGUCGGAUUUGGUGUGUAUCCCCCAUUUCCAAUUAUAGAUGGAUCAUUACAGACAGCGGAGUCCUGAGAAGCCAGACAUCUGCUCCUCACAUGAAUGCACUCACCUCCUAGAGACCAGGCUGCCAUCAUGCUCUGGAAACUCGUGGAGAAUGUCAAGUACGAAGACAUCUAUGAGGACCGGCACGAUGGCGUCCCAAGCCAUAGCUCGAGACUAUCUCAGCUGGGCUCUGUGUCCCAAGGCCCUUACUCGAGCGCCCCGCCGCUGUCCCACACGCCAUCAUCGGACUUCCAGCCACCCUACUUCCCACCCCCCUACCAGCCACUACCCUACCACCAGAGUCAAGACCCCUACUCCCACGUCAACGACCCCUACUCCCUGAACCCUCUGCAUCAGCCCCAGCAGCAUCCCUGGGGGCAGCGACAGCGCCAAGAAGUGGGUUCAGAAGCCGGCUCUCUACUGCCCCAGCCCCGGGCAGCCUUGCCCCAGCUCUCGGGCCUUGACCCCCGAAGGGACUACCACUCUGUCCGGCGGCCGGACGUGCUGCUACAUUCGGCACACCACGGCCUGGACGCCGGCAUGGGCGACAGCCUCUCGUUGCACGGUCUUGGGCAUCCCGGCAUGGAAGAUGUGCAGUCAGUUGAAGAUGCCAAUAACAGCGGCAUGAACCUAUUGGACCAGUCAGUCAUUAAAAAAGUUCCUGUCCCUCCCAAAUCUGUCAGUUCUCUAAUGAUGAAUAAAGAUGGCUUCUUGGGAGGAAUGUCAGUCAACACCGGCGAGGUGUUUUGCUCAGUUCCAGGCCGUUUAUCCCUGCUCAGUUCAACUUCAAAAUACAAGGUGACUGUGGGAGAAGUUCAGAGACGGCUUUCGCCCCCUGAAUGCCUCAACGCGUCUCUCCUUGGCGGCGUCCUCAGAAGAGCCAAAUCGAAAAAUGGGGGGAGAUCCUUGAGAGAAAGGCUAGAAAAAAUCGGUUUGAAUUUACCCGCGGGCAGGCGCAAAGCAGCGAAUGUCACCUUACUCACCUCCCUGGUGGAAGGGGAAGCUGUUCACUUAGCUCGGGACUUUGGGUAUAUUUGCGAAACAGAGUUUCCUGCUAAAGCCGUGUCCGAGUAUUUGAACAGACAGCACACGGACCCCAGUGACCUACACUCCAGAAAGAAUAUGCUUCUGGCCACCAAGCAACUUUGUAAAGAGUUCACGGAUCUGCUGGCGCAGGACCGGACACCGAUCGGGAACAGCCGGCCCAGCCCCAUCCUGGAGCCGGGCAUCCAAAGCUGCCUCACGCACUUCAGUCUCAUCACGCACGGCUUCGGCGCCCCAGCCAUUUGCGCUGCGCUCACGGCCCUGCAGAACUAUCUCACCGAAGCGCUCAAAGGCAUGGACAAGAUGUUCUUGAACAACACCACUAACAGGCACACGUCUGGGGAAGGCCCAGGUAGUAAAACUGGCGACAAGGAGGAGAAACACAGGAAAUGAAAAAAAAAAAAAUUAAAGAGAAGGAAAAUGUUUUAAAUACAAAAGGAAAACAGAAAAAAAAUAAUUUUAGCUUUAACAUAUUGGAUUGGCUUUGGAAGAAUUAUAUUAGGUAGAAUACACAUACAAUCAAAAUUUAAAAAAAAAAGAAAGCUAAGUAACUUUAAAAAAAUAAACUGAGGCAUCAACGGAGCGACAAACUGGCUCUCGGUGUCUAUUUCAAGAUACACAAUGGAGACAACCGUCCGGAUUUUCCACUUCGGUUCUUUCGAGUUUAGUAAUACAGAUAAUAAAAGAAAACUAUGAACCCCCCUUUUGGAAAAUAAACAUGAGACUAAACGUG